AGCUGGAUGGGGGAAGUGGCGGAUCCGGUUUGUCAAGGGCGGAUCUGGAAUCGGGGUUGGUGGAGGGAAUGUGGGGUGCCGGGUAGGUUGCGGUGACUGCGGCAGUAUGGUGGGUCCGGAGAAGGAGCAGAGUUGGAUCCCCAAGAUCUUCAAGAAGAAGACGUGCACGACAUUCAUCGUUGACCUCACAGAUCCGGGAGGGACUUUGUGCCAGUGUGGGCGUCCCCGGAGUGCCCAUCUGUCAGUGGCUGUGGAGGAUGCAUUCGGGGCAGCGGUGGUGACCGUUUGGGACAGUGACUUGCACACCACAGAGAAGCCCACCGACGCCUAUGGAGACCUGGACUUCCUGGGCGCCGGCCGCAAGGCCAGCAAUUUCCUUCGGCUCUCUGACCGCACGGAUCCAGCUACAGUUUAUAAUCUGGUCACGCGCACAUGGGGCUUCCGGGCCCCGAACCUGGUGGUUUCAGUGUUGGGGGGGUCGGGGGGCCCCAUCCUCCAGACCUGGCUGCAGGACCUAUUGCGAAGCGGGCUGGUGCGGGCCGCCCAGAGCACAGGGGCCUGGAUUGUCACUGGGGGACUCCACACAGGCAUUGGCCGGCAUGUUGGUGUAGCUGUGCGAGACCACCAGACAGCCAGCACUGGGGGCACCAAGGUGGUGGCCAUGGGUGUGGCCCCCUGGGGUGUGGUUCGCAAUAGAGAGGCCCUCACCAACCCCAAGGGCUCUUUCCCUGCACGUUACCGGUGGCGUGGUGACCCGGAGGAUGGGGUCCAGUUUCCUCUGGACUACAACUACUCAGCCUUCUUCCUGGUGGAUGACGGCACCCACCGCCGCUUGGGUGGUGAGAACCGCUUCCGUCUGCGCUUUGAGUCCUAUAUAGCCCAGCAGAAGACGGGCGUGGGAGGGACUGGAAUUGACAUCCCUGUCCUCCUUCUCCUGAUCGAUGGCGAUGAGAAGAUGUUGAAGCGGAUAGAGGAUGCCACGCAGGCUCAGCUCCCCUGCCUCCUGGUGGCUGGGUCUGGGGGAGCUGCGGACUGCCUGGCAGAGAUCCUGGAAGACACUCUGGCUCCAGGGAGUGGAGGGGGCAGGCGAGGUGAAGCCCGAGAUCGGAUUAGGCGUUUCUUCCCUAAAGGGGACCCCGAGGUCCUGCAGGCCCAGGUGGAGAGGAUCAUGACCCGGAAGGAGCUGCUCACAGUCUACUCAUCUGAGGAUGGCCCUGAGGAAUUUGAGACCAUUGUUUUGAGGGCCCUUGUCAAGGCCUGUGGGAGCUCUGAGGCCUCAGCUUACCUGGACGAGUUGCGUUUGGCUGUGGUUUGGAACCGCGUGGACAUUGCCCAGAGUGAACUCUUCCGGGGUGACAUCCAAUGGCGGUCCGUCCACCUGGAGGCCUCCCUCAUGGACGCCCUGCUGAAUGACCGGCAUGAGUUUGUCCGCUUGCUCAUCUCCCAUGGCCUCAGCCUGGGCCACUUCUUGACCCCAACACGCCUGGCCCAGCUCUACAGCGCAGCGCCUCCCAACUCGCUCAUCCGCAGCCUUCUGGACCAGGUGUCCCACGGCUCGGGCACAAAAACCCCAGCCCUUAAACCCUCUGCGGAGCCCCGACCCCCUGACGUGGGGCAAUUGCUUCUGAUGCUGCUGGGGGAGAUGUGUGCGCCGAGGUACCACACCUGGGUUGCUGGGGAUCCACACCACGACCUUGGCUGCAGGGAGCGCCACCCGGGCGGGGAGAGUACCUGUCUGCUCUCUGUCAGGGCCGCCUCUGAACACAUGCUGGACGCUGUCCUCGGACAGACCCCCUGGAGUGACCUGUUCCUCUGGGCACUGCUACUGAACAGGGCUCAGAUGGCCUUGUACUUCUGGGAGAUAGGCUCCAAUGCCGUGGCCUCAGCUCUUGGGGCCUGUUUGUUGCUCCGAGUGCUGGCACGCCUGGAAUCUGAGGCUGAGGAGGCAGCACGGAGGAAGGACCUGGCAACCAAGUUUGAAGGGCUGGGUGUUGACCUCUUUGGCGAAUGCUAUCGCAACAGUGAGGACCGGGCUGCCCGCUUACUCCUCCGACGGUGCCCAUUCUGGGGGGACGCCACCUGCUUCCAGCUUGCCAUGCAGGCUGAUGCCCGUGCCUUCUUUGCUCAGGAUGGGGUACAGUCUCUGCUGACACAGAAGUGGUGGGGGGAGAUGGACAGCACCACCCCCAUCUGGGCCCUGGUUCUCGCCUUCUUUUGCCCUCCUCUCAUCUACACCGACCUCAUCACCUUCAGGAGGCCAGAUGAGGAGUCCACACAGAAGGACCUGGCAUUUGACAUGGAUGGGGGACUCAAUGGGGAGGGGCCUGCCAGGCCAGCAGACCCCGCUGAGAAGAUGCCCUUGGGGGUGAUGAGUCAGUCCAGCCGUGGGAGGUGUUCCCCACGUGUGAGCCGCUGGCCACAGUUCUGGGGGGCACCAGUGACGGCCUUCAUGGGCAACGUGGUCAGCUACCUCCUUUUCCUGCUGCUCUUCGCCCGGGUGCUGCUCAUUGACUUCCAGCCCACGCCACCUGGUGCCCUGGAGCUGCUGCUGUAUUUCUGGGCCUUCACCCUGCUCUGCGAGGAGUUCCGCCAAGGCCUAGGGGGCGACUGGGGCAGCCUGGCCACUGGGGGUCGCGGGCCAGGUGCCUCCCAGGCCCCGCUGCGCCACCGGCUGCACCUCUACCUCACGGAUACCUGGAACCAGUGCGACCUAGUGGCCCUCGCCUGCUUCCUCCUGGGCGUGGGCUGCCGGCUGAUUCCAGGUCUAUAUGAACUAGGCCGCACUGUCUUCUGCCUCGACUUCAUGGUCUUCACGCUGCGCCUAUUGCACAUCUUCACGGUCAACAAACAGUUGGGACCCAAGAUCGUCAUCGUGAACAAGAUGAUGAAGGACGUAUUCUUCUUCCUCUUCUUCCUCGGGGUGUGGCUGGUUGCCUACGGGGUGGCCACGGAGGGGCUCCUUAGGCCCCAGGAUCAGGACCUCCCGAAAAUCCUGCGCCGCGUCUUCUACCGGCCCUACCUUCAGAUCUUUGGGCAAAUCCCUCAGGAGGACAUGGACGUGGCCCUCAUGGAGCAUGUCAACUGUUCAUCGGAGCUGGGCUUCUGGGCACGCCCAUCCGGACCCCAAGCGGGCGCCUGCGUCUCACUUUAUGCCAACUGGCUGGUGGUGCUCCUCCUCGUCAUCUUCCUGCUCGUGGCCAACAUCGUGCUGGUCAAUCUGCUCAUUGCCAUGUUCAGCUACACCUUUGGCAAAGUACAGGGCAACAGCGACCUCUAUUGGAAGGCGCAGCGCUACAGCCUCAUCCGGGAAUUUCACUCUAGGCCUGUGCUGGCCCCACCCCUCAUCAUCAUCUCGCACGUGCACCUUCUCAUCCGGGGAUUGAGCAAGCGCAGGGCCCGCUCGCCAUCCUCCCCGGGCAACCAGCAUUUUCGGGUCCACCUCCCUAAGGAAACUGAGAGGGAGCUGUUGACGUGGGAGUCGGUGCGGAAGGAGAAUUUCCUGCUGGCGCGCGCGAGGGACAAGCGGGAAAGCGACUCGGAGCGUCUGAAGCGCACUUCGCAGAAGGUGGACACGGCGUUGAAGCAGAUAAGACAGAUACGCGAGUACGAGCAGCGUCUGAAAGGACUGGAGCAAGAGGUGCAGCACUGUAGCCGUGUCCUGGGCUGGGUGGCCGAAGCCCUGAGCCGUUCUGCGUUGCUUCCCCCAGGGAGCCCCCCACCUCCAACACAUCCUGGGCCCAAAGACUGAGCCCUGCUGAUGGACUGCAAGGAGGAACCCCCAUGGGGAGUGUUUGCUCCCAGAGUAAGGCCUAACUGGUCCUGAACCCCUGCACCUACCUGGUGGCCUUGUCCUUGAGGUGGGCCCCACUCCAUGGGCUACCACCUACCUGGGCUGCUGCGUAUUGGGAUCACCGCAGGGAGUGUCAUCCAUGCUAACCACAGAAGGGCCAGCCCCUCCCAGAAUCAGCUCCACUCCAGGAGGAUCAGCCUCUAGAGCCACAGCCCGCUGUGCGGGAGAAGGCAGCAGGGUCCUGGGGGUACAGGGACCACAGACUCCACUUGCUGCUCCCCACACUGGGGAAAUAAAGCCAUUUGAGAGGAGUAGGGUCCGGAUGCU